UAUCAUUACAGUAAUAUAACGUAUAAUUAUAAAAUCAAAGAAUAUACAUCCGCUAUAUUCUAUGACAGUGAGAAUACUUUUUUAAACAACUGUUUUUCUCGCUAUACUUCUUACAUUUUUAUUAAAAAAGUGUAAUCAAAUAUCGGUUAAUAUUUUGUUUUAAUUUAUUCGACAUCAAAGAGAUUUUAAUAUUCAUGUGUUGUAUGCAUCACUACCUUAAAAUACAUAUAACGUUUAUUAUAAAAAGUAAGCGCUGUAUUUUUAACAUAAAAUUGUUUUACAUUUCAGCAUUAGAAAAUUUAUUAGCCGACAUAACCUCUGAUGAAGAUGAUGAUGAUAUUACAGAAUACACAUCAAGUGAAAAUGUUGAACAUACGUCAUCGGAUGAAGGUGAGGAGGAGGAAGAGGAGGAGGAGGCAGAGAGAGAGGCAAGUGAGACGGAGGAUACAGCGCAAGCGGGGAAUGCUGUAGCCGAUGUACAGUUUGUCCCGGCUGAAAUGGUGGCGGUGAGCGCUGCCGAUGCACACGGAGAGGAGUUGCGGGUGGGGGAGAGCGAAACCGUAAGGAGAGAAGCAGCAGCAAUGGUGGCUGCGGCGCCUGCAGCGGUGCGUCUUUAGGUGAAUGAGGCGAUGGAGGAUGAAGGUGAAGCAGUAGAGAGAGCGCAGAAUGACCACGAUGCUAGAGCAGAAGAGGCUGAAGAUGCACCUGCCAAUAGGGAUUCUCAGCAAAUGGUUAGGUUGACCACCUUCUUGCCACAUGUACAGAGCCAACAGCUGCUGCUAAUAAUAUUCUACAGCGCUUGAUGGAGCGAGCAUCUGAUGAAAGCGAAAAUAUUAUUGAGUAUGCGCAGCAUCCAUGUGUCAAAAGACGGCAACAAAUCCUCGACUUUUUGGCCCGGCCAGUAGAACCCGAAAAAAUGCGGUACACAAGAAGAAGCGCUGGAGGAUUGGUCACCGAGCAUUUUUUUAACCAGGGAAAUCCAAGAGAUCGUCAAAUUAAUGAACAACAUAAUCACUCUGACGAUUCAUCUUGUUCUUCUUCUACAACCAUUUUUCCCUUAUCUACAUCAUCUUCGAACACCAAUACUUCUGUAGAAUCGCAGGAUUACGAGGCCGAUGAAAGUGAUUUUUCUAUUCAAGUUGGUAGAGGACAAAGAAGAAGAAUUGAAAAUUCAAGCAGCAAUAAUGAUGAUUUGUCUGACUACGAACAAGAGGGUAAUCAGCCCAGUGAGGAGAAUGAGGAGGCGGAGGAGGAGAUCAGCAAGGAGGAUGAUGAGAGAAGCGAAACAGACGAUAAUAUGAAUUAUCAAGGAGUCGAUGAGGAAGGAGAUGAGGAUAUCCAGCCUCCUGGUAAUCGUUUUGAUAUUUUCCAACAAUAUUCGCAUUAUAUAUCUAAGUAUAAAAUAGAAGGUAGACGUAUUGUGCUAAAAAUAAGAUCUCCACCGAAGGAUGGAUCUAUAAAUCCGAUAGUUUGGUUGGAGUUAGUUAUUCGCGAUAUUUAUUCUUAUAUAAUUUCAUUAUGUAAUGAAAACGACAUGAUUGGCGUCUCCGUUAGAAGUUUAAAUUUUGCACGAGGUCCGGGUGGGUUAUCUUUACGAUUAGUAAAUAAUUUUUUUUACAAUGAUUUAUGGAAUUUAAUAAGCGGAUUAGCUCAGAGUAAUGAGGAUUUUCAAAUAGAUGAGAGCUUUAUUCUAACAUUAACACUUGUUAAUAUACCUAAUGGUGGCCGAGGUGGAAGUAGAAAGAGGAUAAAUGUUGACAGCUUAGCUCAGAGAUCGGUUGUAUCUAUAAGAAAUAACGAUAAUUUAUGCUUGCCAAGAGCUUUAAUUGUCGGGGAGGCUUUUAUGAUGUAUAAAAAAUUCUUUUCAAACGAAGCCAUUGAUACUUGGAAUAUUGUCAGAGAUAGCAGACGUGGUAUGCAAAAAGAGCGUGCAAAUCUCCUUACUAUUAAUGCAAACGUCGUAAUUCCUGCAAACGGGUGCGGUAUACGAGAAAUAGAGACGUAUCAGCGAUAUUAUGUUGCAAAAAAUAUCGUUAUUGUAAUAUACGAUAGUUUAUCUUUUGGAAGUGGAGAACCGCCCUUUUACGAUGGAAGACCUCUGUUAAAUUCAAAUUCUUUUGACGUUAUAAAUCUUUUGUACGACGCGCGAAGGCGUCAUUUCGAUACAAUAUUAAAUUUAACCGGUGCUGCACGCAAUCGUUUUUUCUGCGAACAUUGUAAUAAAAGCUAUAGAUACGUAGAUGAGCAUAGAUGCACAGCCAAAUGUGACAAGUGUUUUUGUGCGCCAACGUGUAAUUCUAAUAUAGAUAUUAUAAAGUGUGUAGAAUGUAACCGAGAAUUUUACGGACAAAUAUGUUUCGACCGUCACAAAAUAGAUGGCUCAUACAAAAAAAAUAAUAAAAAAAUAUGCGAUGUAGUAAAAGUUUGUAAUAUGUGUUGCAAACGAAUUAAUAUCUACAAGUCAAAGCACGAGUGUGGAAUCAAUUGGUGCAACUUAUGUCGUGAAAAACAUGAUGUAAAUCAGCUCUGUUAUAUUCAACCUAUUGGACGUAAUGUUAACGCACAGAUUAAUCGUAAAUCCCCAAAGAAAAACUUAUUUAUUUUUUAUGACUUUUAGACGCGUCAAGAUUCUGCUUACCGUGAACAUACAGAGAUAAAAAUACACAUUCCAAAUCUAUGUGUUGUACAACAGGUUUGCGAUGAUUGCAUGGAUGAUGAAAAUAUAAAUAUACUAUGCCAUAGGUGUGGUGUAAGAGAGCAUAUAUUUCGCGAUGAUCCAGUUAAACAAUUAAUAGGUUUGACAGUACGCGAGAAAACUACCUUCGAUCAAAUAAUUUGUAUUGCUCAUAACUCUCGUGGGUUUGAUGCGCAAUUUAUUUUGAGAGAAAUCGUUGAAAAUACCUCAAUAGUACCGAAUGUAAUAUUGAAUGGACAAAAUAUAAUUAUGCUUCAAUGCGGGCGAACAAAAUUUAUUGAUAGUUUAAACUAUUUUCACAUGAAAUUAAGUGCUUUACCACAAACCUUUUCUCUACCGCCAGCUAGCAAAAAAAAGGUGGAUAUCGACGCACUGAUAAUCAUUCGCAAAAGUCAAUACAGUGGCUGUUACAGUGUGAACGUGAGAUUGGUCGGGAAAUCAUACACGCGGGUAGAGCACGUGAAUUUAUGCUUCCAGAAGGGUUUCGUGUAGAUGGCUAUUUACCUCCGGAAAAUGAUAAUGCUAAAGGUAUUGUCUUUGAAUAUCAAGGCUGUUACACACACGGUUGCCCUAUUUGCUUUAAUAAACGACGAGAUAAAAUAAUGUCAUACGGUAGAACUAUGGAUGAGUCGUACGAGAAUACUUUUCGGAAAAUUCAAAAAAUAAAAGCCCUGGGUUACGAAGUUCGAGAGAUAUGGGAAUGUACUUUUGAUCGGAUAAAAGCAAAGAAUCGCGAAAUCUACGAAUAUGUAACACAGCAUCCUCUUAUGAGUCGUAUAACGUUGAAUCCGCGCGAUGCUUUUUUUUGAGGUAGAACGGAAAAUAUAGUUACUGAGUACACGAUCGGAAAUAACGAAAAAAUUCAAUAUACAGAUAUAUGCUCUCUUUAUCCGUAGGUGUGUAAAAGAGGUCGAUUUCCCGUAGGACAUCCGCGAAUUUUAAUUGGUGAAGACUGCAACGAAUUAACGCAGGGGAAUAACAAUAAUCUCAACAAUAUUGAAGGAUUAGUUAAAUGUAGUAUCUUACCACCGCGCGACCUGCACAUUCCACUCUUACCAAUUAAAAUGCACGGACGUCUUCUUUUUGCUCUUUGCCGCUCAUGCUGCGAAGAAAUGCAGCAGUGUGACUGCAAUCACGAAGACCCAAAAAUGCGUGAAUUCACGGGCACCUGGGUUGCUGAUGAGUUGCGUAAAGCUGUUGAACUCGGUUACAGUAUUACGAAAAUUUAUAUUAUUUGUCAAUAUGAGAUAACACAAUAUAAUCAAAUUGAUGGUAGCGGAGGUCUUUUUGCUGAAUACGUAAAUACUUUCUUAAAAAUCAAGCAAGAGGCUAGCGGAUGGCCCUCAUGGUGUACUGAUGAAGCAACUAAAUUACAAUACAUUGAACAGUAUAGACUCGAUGAGGGUAUAACUUUGGCUAAAAAUAAUAUCGAAAAAAAUUCAGGGUUACGAGCUGUUGCUAAGCUCUGCUUAAAUUCGUUUUGGGGUAAGUUUGGACAACGGAGUAAUUUGAAACAAACUGAAGUUGUAAAAUCACGUGAAUCUCUUUUAAAACUUCUUACUUGUCCGGAAAGAGAUGUUAAUGAUAUACUAGCAAUUAAUGAUAAGAUACUGUACGUGAAUUGGCAAUACAAGGAUGAGACUGUCACUCCUGCCCCGCAUACGAGUGUCGUGAUUGCGGCUUACACCACUGCUCACGCACGUUUAGAACUAUAUAAUUACUUGAGAAGGUUGGGUGAUCGUGUUCUUUAUUAUGACACAGAUUCUUGUAUAUUUGUUUCGCAUGACGAUGCUCCGGAUGAGUAUAAACCUUUUGUUGGCUCUAAACUAGGUGAUAUGACAGAUAAACUUUGUGGUUAUGGUGAGAAUACGUAUAUAAGUAAUUUUGUUUCGGGAGGACCAAAGUUUUACGCUUACACAGCUGUAACACCCAAUAAAGAUGAUAAAAUUGAAUGUUGUAAAGUAAAAGGUAUCUCAUUAAACUUCUCAAACGGUGUCAAAAUUAAUUUUGAUAGCAUUAAGAAUUUGAUUAACGAUGCCUUUGCAACCGAAGAUCACGAAUCUGAAAAAAUGAAUGAUGAAUGUAGUAAAAUACGCUUAAAAUUCAAAGCUAUCAGAAGAACUAAAAUGCAUGAAGUUUUAACGCGUGAAGAAUCGAAAACAUGUUGUGUUGUAUUGAAAAAACGACGAUACCUUACGUCACGUAAGUCUCUACCUUUUGGAUAUAAGAAUAAUUAACUUUUUGGAUGUAUUUAUUGUAAAUAAAAA